UUAUUCCACCAUGUCUGUGUUGAGAGUGCCAAUAGCAACUUUUCUCGUGCUGAUAUUCGUAGUUGGGUUCGGAAAAGGAUGUAACGCUCAGUUGAGCACCACAUUCUACGCUACCACGUGCCCUAAUAUAUCGAGCGUGGUUCUUAAUGUCAUCGAACAGGCUCAACGGGUUGAUGUUCGGUCUGCCCCCAAACUUAUUCGCCUUCACUUCCAUGAUUGUUUCGUCAAUGGCUGCGAUGGCUCGCUUUUGCUAGACAAUGCAGACGGCAUACUCAGCGAAAAAGAUGCGUUCCCGAACGCUGGUUCUGUCGACGGAUUCAGUUUAGUAGAUACAUAAAAACAGCCUUGUGAGAGUGUGUGCCCAGGGGGGGUCUCGUGUGCAGAUAUUUUGGCAAUCGCUUCUCAAAUUUCAGUUAACUUGGUAGGGGGGCCAUCAUAUUUAGUACCACUAGGAAGAAGGGAUGGAAGAACAGCAAAUAGAGCAGGGGCAAAUACGGAACUUCCAAGCCCUUUGGCGAACCUUAACGAACUUAAAUCCAAUUUCAGCGCCAAGGGUCUCGACUCUACUGACUUGGUCGCUCUAUCAGGUGCUCAUACAUUUGGGCGUGCAAAAUGCAACACAUUCAGCCACAGGCUCUACAACUUCGCCAACUCCGGUGGGCCCGACCAAACCAUAGAACCUACUUACCUGGAAAGGUUGCGCCAAACGUGCCCUCAAAACGGCGCCCCAACCACCUUAGAAAAUCUUGACCAGUCAACGCCCGACGUAUUCGACAACGAAUACUUUGAAAAUCUGCAGAGCGGGAAAGGCCUUCUUCAGACCGAUCAACUAUUGUUCUCUUCAACUGGAGCCGAUACAGUUGCUGUUGUCAACCGGUUCGGUGAUAGCGAAACCGAGUUUUUCGAUGCUUUCGUCCGGUCCAUGAUUAAAAUGGGCAACAUUGGCACGCUCACCGGGACUCAGGGAGAGAUCCGAGCUGAUUGCAAGAGGGUUAAUUAA